UUGCAAUUAUGUUAGCACAGCUGAAAAACUGUCGUGUUGAUUAAAGAAGAAAUUAAACUGGCCUUCUUUAGACUAGUUGAGUAUCUGGAGCAUCAGCAUUUGUGGGAUGGAUUACAGGCUCAACAAGGCCAGAAACAAAUAACUUUCUUCUGAAAUUCGUCAGUCUUUUCUUGUUCUGAGAAAUGAAGGCUGUUCCAUGCGAGAAAUUGCCAAGAAACUGAGGGGUACGCUCUGUGUCUUCUGUCAGAACAGGAGAUGUGUUGCUAGAACUAGCAGGUUGUUGAUGUGAUUCUAGUCUGUCAGAACAGGAGAUGUGUUGUUGAUGUGAUUCUAGUCUGUCAGAACAGGAGAUGUGUUGUUGAUGUGAUUCUAGUCUGUCAGAACAGGAGAUGUGUUGUUGAUGUGAUUCUAGUCUGUCAGAGCAGGAGAUGUGUUGAUGAUGUGAUUCUAGUCUGUCACAACAGGAGAUGUGUUGUUGAUGUGAUUCUAGUCUGUCAGAGCAGGAGAUGUGUUGAUGAUGUGAUUCUAGUCUGUCAGAGCAGGAGAUGUGUUGUUUGAACUAGCAGGUUGUUGAUGUGAUUCUAGUCUGUCAGAACAGGAGAUGUGUUGUUGAUGUGACUCUAGUCUGUCAGAGCAGGAGAUGUGUUGUUGAUGUGACUCUAGUCUGUCAGAGCAGGAGAUGUGUUGUUGAUGUGAUUCUAGUCUGUCAGAGCAGGAGAUGUGUUGUUGAUGUGAUUCUAGUCUGUCAGAACAGGAGAUGUGUUGUUGAUGUGAUUCUAGUCUGUCAGAACAGGAGAUGUGUUGUUGAUGUGGUUCUAGUCUGUCAGAACAGGAGAUGUGUUGUUGAUGUGAUUCUAGUCUGUCAGAACAGGAGAUGUGUUGUUGGAACAAGCAGGCUGUUGAUGUGAUUCUCAUCUGACUGAUAAUGAGAUUGGGUAGGCCUGAGGCCUUUAGGACACACCCACUAGUGUAGAGCGGAGGACAUGCCUGGUUGCUGUGCUUUAGUACCUUAUCAUUUCCUCAUUUCUUCCCCUCACUGCAUCUGAAUUCACUCCUCCUCCUCCUCAACAGUGACUAAUCCAAGCCAGAAGCAGGUAGAAAAGAGCAGACGUUCUGAGCUAUCCUACCAAGACCAAGCUACUACUCCUGUCACUGUGUUACUAGCCAGCUCAGGUACUCUCAACAUUCUCUGAUUCACGUACAGAGACAUUAAAAUGGCAUCCAGGAGUUCAUCUGACUCUGAAUCGGUUGGCAGGAUGUCUCUGCUGCUGGGUUGUGUAGUGAUGGCUCUGCACCUCGCAACAGGGCUGGAUGCUGCCUCGGGGGUGGAGAACACUACAGAGGAUGAAGGGGUGGACUCCCAGUCACCAUGCCCAGCUGGUUGGCAUCAGAAUGAGCAUCGCUGCUUCUCCUUCUACCCCGUCUGGGCCACCUGGGCCACUGCAGAGCUGUACUGCUCCCAGCACAGAGGGAACCUGGUGUCGGUUCACAGCCCGGGUCAACAGGUGUUUGUCCAGGAUCUGGUCAGGAGACACACAGACCAGCCGGUCUGGAUAGGAGGCUACGAUGCAGCUGAGGAGGGGAUGUGGCUGUGGAGUGACGGCUCAGCUGUUGAUGGUUUUUACUGGGAGGAGGAGGAGCCCAGUAACUCUGGACAGGGGGAGAACUGUAUGGAGCUACACACUGGAGGUGGUCGGGGCUGGAAUGACAUGUCUUGUGGAGAGCUGAGGUUCUAUGUGUGUUCUAUGGAGACCAGAUCUGGUUCAGCAGUAAUGCCAAGUCAGAAUCAAACACACGAGAGAGAGCUGGUUGAAGAGGUGAGUAUUUAUGACGUCCUGUGGGAGACUGGUAAGAGAGUAGCAGAUGAGACCCUCUACUCAGCCUUCCUCAGAGGGAUGUAUUCUAGACGUCUGCCUGCCCGCUGCUACGCUGACUUCUGCCACCAGGAGGUGCUAUACCUGGACAGAGUCAUCACCAUGCUGCAGGUGCUGAUCAGAACAGUCCAGGGUCCUCCAGACAUCAUGCUGUUUCUCCAGAGAACACAUCAACGCUACCAGGAGUCUCUGAAGGAGGCCCAGAACCAAACUCCACCACAUCUGAAUCUGUCCUCCAUCCAGCCCUCUGCAGCCGUGCGUCAGUACCUCCAGAGCUUCCAUGACAUUGUGAAUGAGGAGCCCAUCUACUGGCUGGUGUCUCUGCUGCCCAGAGCCCUGCUCAGACCUUACCUGGCAAAGAACCUGCCCCUGGAUGAGAGGACCAGACCAGGCCCCAGCCCCUGCCUCUACCCCUGGCUAAACCUCUUCCCCUGCCCCUGCUACCAGUGGGGGGGAGAGGACAUGCAGUCAGACCAGAGGAACCAGAAGGAUGAGUCAGGGACAUCUUACAGGCAUCUACUGGAGAAGUACCAGGAUGUGAUAGACGUCUAUAAGGCUGUCAACAUCUUCAGAGUCCAGAUGAUCAACGAGAAGGCUCUCUUCACCUCCAGUUGGUUUCCCACUGGUGACGAGGAGGAAGUGGAGGACCAACUCAGCCUGUCGUCUGAGGAGUCUGGACCUGACGUUAGGGUGAAGCUGUAGCAGUGCAGCUGUAGAAUACAGGGAGCUGUGUGUGUGUGUGUGGCUGUGUGUGUGUGUGUGUGUGUGUGUGUGUGUGUGUGUGUGUGUGUGUGUGUGUGUGUGUGUGUGUGUGUGUGUGUGUGUGUGUGUGUGUGUGUGUGUGGCUGUGUGUGGCUGUGUGUGGCUGUGUGUGUGUGGCUGUGUGUGUGUGGCUGUGUGUGUGUGGCUGUGUGUGGCUGUGUGUGUACGGCUGUGUGUGUACGGCUGUGUGUGUACGGCUGUGUGUGUACGGCUGUGUGUGGCUGUGUGUGGCUGUGUGUGUACGGCUGUGUUUAUGGGUUUUCACAUGGGGCAGGACUUUUCCUCUUGUCAGACAUAUUCAACUUAUGUUGGACACUUCUCCAAAAUAACUACUAUUCAGACUCUAUUAAUGCAAUAACAUAAUGAAUGUAAAAAUCUAAUAAUUGUCAACAAAGGGGCUACAAUAAAAUAAAAAACAUUUAGGUAAUAAAAUCAAAGAAUAAAACUGAACUGUACUGUAAAAUUGUAUUUUCUCAUGGGUGUUGCAAUACGAAUAUUACACAGCCAAUGUCACGUUCUGACCAUAGUUCUUGUGUGUUUUACUUGUUUUAGUGUUGGUCAGGACGUGAGCUGGGUGGGCAUUCUAUGUUGUGGGUCUAGUUUGUCUGUUUCUAUGUUUGGCCUAAUAUGGUUCUCAAUCAGAGGCAGGUGUUUUGUGUUGUCUCUGAUUGGGAAUCAUAUUUAGGUGGCUUGUUUUGUGUUGGGGUUUGUGGGUGGUUGUUUCCUGUCUUUGUGUUCAUUUCACCAGAGAGGACUGUUUCGGUUUGCCACGUUUGUUAUUUUUGUAUUUUGUAAGUGUCCACGUUAUUGUCUUUUUGUCAUUAAUCAUGUUGAGCACAAACUACGCUGCAU